AUGUCGGCGUCUGGAUCAGCAGAGCACGUUGCGCGCCAGGCGCGCGCGGCGUUCGAAGCCUCGUCGCACCUCCUCUCGUCGCCGUCCUCGUCCGCCUCUGCCGACUCGGUCCGCUCCUCAGCGCUGCUCUCGAUUCGCACCGCGCUCGAGUCGAACCGCACGCGCAUCGCCGAGGCCAACGCACUGGACAUGGAAGCGGCCACUGCGCUCGUCGCCGCCGGCAAGCUCUCGUCCGCCCUCGCCUCGCGCUUGGACCUGUUCAGCAAGCCUGGCAAGUGGGAAUCCCUGCUCGCCGGAGUCUCGGACGUAGCUGCCCUGCCCUCGCCGCUGGACCAUGUGCAGUGGGCCAAGCGACUUGCGGAAGCUACCGACACCAAGGGGGCUAUCGACCUGUACCGUGUGACGUGCCCGAUCGGCGUGCUGCUGUGCAUCUUUGAGGCGCGCCCCGAGGUGGUGGUCAACAUUGCGAGCCUGGCGAUCAAGAGCGGCAAUGCGGCCAUCCUCAAGGGCGGCAAGGAGAGCAAGCACACGGCUGCCGUCCUGUCGAGCAUCAUCGCCGCCGCACUCAAAGAGGCAGGACUGCCGAGCGGGUUGAUUCAGACCGUCGAGACGAGGGAGGAUAUUCAGAGCCUGCUGCACCUCGACGAGUAUAUCGACCUCGUCAUUCCGCGCGGGAGCAACGAGCUGGUCAAGGCGAUCCAGCGCGAUGCAAGGAUGCCGGUCAUGGGCCAUGCUGAUGGAUUGUGCAUCGGGUAUGUGCACGAGGAUGCCGAGUUGGAGGCUACUGUCGGCACGGUGGUGGAUAGUAAGACCGACUAUCCUGCCGCGUGCAACGCUCUCGAAACGCUGCUCAUCCACGACUCGCUCGUGCACACCUCCUUCUGGCCCACCCUAGCCAGCGCCUUACUCUCCGCCGGUGUCGAACUGCGCUGCGAUGCAGCUACACUUUCUGCCCUCCCCUCCUCGGUCACGUCACGCUUCGAGGGCAAGAUCAAGCCUGCAGUAGACGUCGACUACUCGACCGAGUUCCUGGACCUGAUCCUUGCCGUCGCCAGCGUCCCAUCGCUCGAUGCCGCCCUGUCGCACAUCACCACGCACAGCUCGGGCCACACGGACGUGCUCUUCACCUCGCCCCACUCGCCCAACGCCGCCGCAGCCAAGUUCACGCGCUCCAUCAACUCGGCCAACGUCUUUGUCAACGUCUCGUCGCGCUUCGCAGACGGCUUCCGCUUCGGCCUCGGCACCGAAGUCGGCAUCAGCACCGGCAAAACCCACGCAAGAGGCCCCGUAGGCCUAGACGGCCUCGUCAUCUACAAGUACAUCGCCAAAUCCCAACCCCACCCCACAAACGGUCCCCAAACCGCCGCCGAAUUCAAUACCAACAGAAAAUGGGCCCACACCGCCCUCCAACCCCACUAUCCCUCCUUCUAA